AACGUCACCGACGUAAUUAGCUAGCUAAUAACAGUAGCUGUAAACCGGAGUCGCACUGACUCAACAUCUGGAGCCGCUCUCCCAGUCUUGGAUUUAAUUUUAGCCCGCUGCGAAAUGUGAGGUUUGGUUUCCACGGGUUUCCCUGCCCCUGCCUGUGAUUGGAGGACGACGUGCCACGUGCACAUUUCUUUACUUUGCCAGCGCGAGAGGUGAACUGAACACCUGGCAGUUUUGUUCUUUGCUAGCCGGUUUAAGGUGGACACACAGCACUCUGGUCGGUUGUCUUCACACAGGUCUCCACACAUUUCUCUUCUCCACAAAUUGCAUGCUCCGACUGCAGCUGCUGAGUGACGUCCUGCAGAGUGAACACAGGCUGUGAGACUUUUUAAUGCAUUAAUCUGCACCUGCAUUUUAACAAACACAAUGGCUCUGAGCUCGUUUGAUAUUGACGCACCACGAUGGGAUCAGUCUACGUUCAUGGGAAGACUGAAACAUUUCUUCAACAUUACCGACUGCCGAACAGCGCUCCUACCUGACUCACGGUUAGAUGAGGCCAAAGCUUUAGUAGAAAGCUGCAGGGCAGGAUCCGUCCCUCCCGGUACCACAGUAGAGCAGCUCUACUAUGCCAAGAAGCUGUACGACUCAGCCUUUCACCCAGACACGGGCGACCGCAUGAACCUUAUCGGUCGCAUGUCAUUCCAGGUACCCGGAGGCAUGGCCAUCACCGGCUUCAUGCUGCAGUUCUACAGGACAGUUCCUGCUGUGGUGUUCUGGCAGUGGGUAAAUCAGUCCUUCAACGCCUUAGUCAACUAUACCAACCGCAACGCUGCCUCCCCCAUCACUCCCAAACAGAUUGGCAUAGCCUACGUUACAGCAACCAGCACAGCUUUGGCAACGGCAGUCGGACUCAAUCUCUACACAAAGAAAGCUCCUCCUCUCGUGGCUCGCUGGGUCCCUUUUGUAGCUGUGGCAGCUGCCAACUGUGUUAACAUUCCCAUGAUGAGGCAGCAGGAGAUUCUGAAUGGCAUCGCUGUCACAGAUGAAAAUGGUAACAAACUGGGCCACUCUAAGAAAGCGGCAGUGAAAGGCAUCGCUCAGGUGGUCAUUUCUCGGGUCACCAUGGCUGCACCAGGAAUGAUCGUUCUCCCCAUCAUCAUGCAAAGACUGGAAAAAUAUAAGUUCAUGCAGAGAAUCACAUUUCUCCAUGGACCAAUUCAAGUGAUGCUGGUGGGAGGAUUUUUGAUCUUCAUGGUGCCGGCUGCUUGCUCCCUGUUCCCUCAGAGAUGCUCUAUGGCUGUUUCGAAGCUGGAGCCCGAGCUGAGGGACUCCAUCAUGUCUCAGUAUGGGGACAGCGUACGACAUGUCUACUUCAACAAAGGCCUAUGAGGUCGAGAGGGCUGAUUAGAGUUUUCUAUUUGACGCACAAGACCGAGUUCAUGUGUUUCGGUAUCAUGAUCCAAGUCUGUGAUGAUUUGUCACAAUGAAAUGCUUGUUUCCUUUUUACUUUUGAUCUGUGCUUUCACUUUUUUUUAUCUGAUUUCACUCUUUUUUGUUGAAUUAAUUUUUACUCUAAUCAUAAAGUCUGUACUCCUGUUGAGAAACCAAAUGAUCUCCUCUCAGGAACAGUGCGUCUGAUUAAAUCUCCCUGUUAGUUUCUGAUAGUGUGGGUCCUCUGUAGCUGCUUCCAUUGUUUCUGUCUCUGUGUUGGAAAAUGGGGUCUGCCAAGCUUCCUUACAGUCUGUGCCUUUUACAAAGUGGCAGGAGAAGCAGCGCUGAAGGGCUUCACAGCUUAAUUGUGAAACCUAAAAAAAAAAAAAAACGGUUCCUCUAUUCAUGAGUUCAGUCCGAAGAGGUUGUUCAGUGGAGGCUGCUGCCCUCUUCUGCCAGAAAGGAGGUAAAUGUAUGAUUUGUUUGUGUGACGUAUCUGAGACAUUUGCCAGCUGGAUACCUUCACUGUGCAAACUCUGACCUCAGUGUAAGCUGGGGUAAAACCACUCAUAUUUGAAGCACAUCUCCUCAUGGUGGUGUUUAUUUUAAUCCAACAUUUGUUCAUUGUGUGGAAGAUGCUGAAACUUUAACAAACGUUAUGGAGAAAAUUAGUCAUGACUUCAGCUGCACAUGGCUAAAAACAGCAAACUCAGUGGCUUCAGUGACACAUUUGUGUGAGUCAUGUGGAUGUCAGAGCUGACUGCAGCAAUAAUGUUGCUUUAUUUAAAAAAAAUGUUGAAACCAUCCUGCAAGGGACAGUCCUAAACCCACAGAACUGUGGCAAGUUCUUUAAUAACAGCAGUCAUACCAAAGAGAAGUGUUUUGCACUGCACUUAAUAUUUGAACUAGAGCUCAUCUGAUUUCUUGGCUGGCUGAUAUUAUUAGCUGAUAUUAAAAUGCAUAUUUUGUCCACCAGAGGGCACUUUGCAACUUUCCUGCUGGGAACUUGGUGUUAAGAACUUCACAAACUACAACCAGCUGAUCUGAGUAGAGUUGAGCAGAGUGUAAAUGACUAAGUAAAUAACUACACACAACAAAUGUUAGGGAAAUCUGUUUAGUGUAUCUGAAAGGAAAAAAAAAAAAGCCAAAAUCACAAAAUGUCAGUAUCGGUCUUAAAAAUUCUAUAUUGAAUUGGGACUGUGCAACUUUAAUUUUAAUUUAAUCACAAUUUUGUCUCCCAGUGAUUAGUAAAAGAUAAUGGAGACAAAUCAUUAUUGUGUGGCAUGCUAUUUCGUAACGACAUACUUCUCACUUCAUACCAGGCAGUGGCAUGUUCAGUUCACUUUUUCUUACUUUUCAUUAUCAGUUUGCUUGUGUGGUGCUAACCCACUGUGGCGACCCCUUGUGACAAGGGAGAAAUAGACAAUGGGGGUGGAAGUCCACCAGCAGGCUGUUCUUAUAGCAACAUAACCAAACAACUGGGAAAAAGGGCUGGUUCAGGGUCACCUGAUCUAUUAUGCUGUAUUAUUACAGGUAGGUAAGUUACCCAGAAAUGUAUAUGUAAUUAAAAUGAUCUCUAACUGCAACAUUAAAGUGAUAUUCACUUAGGAUCA